AGAGGCGGGGUUUGCAGAGGAAAAUGGCGGCCGUUCGGGGUUUAUACAUAACAGCUGCGGCUCUGAGAGCGGUUACCCCCUGGCAAAGGGGCAGGCUCCUCGCGGCCUCUCGCGGACCUUGGGCUCUUCGGGAAAUGUCGUCCUCCAACCCUGAAGCUGGCGAAGGGCAGAUCCACCUUACCGACAGCUGCGUCCAGAGGCUUCUGGAAAUCACCGAAGAGUCAGAAUUCCUCAGGCUGGAGGUGGAGGGAGGUGGAUGCUCCGGGUUCCAAUACAAAUUUUCACUGGAUACAGUUAUCAACCCCGACGACAGGGUAUUUGAACAGGGUGGGGCAAGAGUGGUGGUUGAUUCUGAUAGCUUGGCCUUCGUGAAAGGGGCCCAGGUGGACUUCAGUCAAGAACUGAUCCGAAGCUCAUUUCAAGUGUUGAACAAUCCUCAAGCGCAGCAAGGCUGUUCCUGUGGGUCAUCCUUCUCUGUCAAACUUUGACGUGAUAGCAGGUGACCCAGAGAUUGCUCUCAUUUGUACCAAUUUGAAGAACCUGGGAUUUGAAGAAUUCUAGAGGUUUCCUUCCAAUCAUGUUCUUUUUUCCAUUUUAUUUCUCUCAGUCCAGGAGUGCCGUAUUUUGCCACUAUUUAUUUUCAGAAUAUGAAGCUUUUAGUCUUGAUUUAAUUUCACCUAUACAGUUGUAAGGCCAAGCCUCUAGAUGCUGAGACUUAUUAACUGGUUGAAACCCAGUAUAAUCUGUAGAGCCUCCAGGGUUCCAGAAUUUGGAGUUACUUCUCUGGCCUUCAGAGCUGUUUGUAUAUAUGUGUAUAAUUAUGUAUAAAAGCUUCAUUUUAAAGAAA